CUUUCAAAUUGGUAAAAAAACCGUGUUACAACUUCCCGAUGAUCUAAUCAGACCUUACAAAGCAACAAAACUCCAAAAAUAGAGAUGUGACCCAGAAAAUGUCUCGGGCGACACCAUGACCCCAAAAAACCGAAAAACACCCCUAUCGACGCACGACCAUAAUUAAAAAGCAAAGUUAUUCCACCCCCAUGAUUAAGAACCCCCACCCACCCUUUCUUCAUACAAUGGUCAGUAUUGAGGCGCCUUGCAAGCCGCCUCGUAGCCUUAGAAACUAGGAACAAAACAAAAAUAAACAGAACUGCUUAAAAUUCGCGAAAAUUCGCUUGUGAUUUUACAUGGAAAUAUUCUCAAAAGUAUUUAAAGUGUGAUUUACUUCAAGUGUUUUUUGCAAAAAAAUGGCUGAAAAUUGUAACCUUCGUUUCACAUGAAGAAAACGUUUCUUAAUGUUACUUUUAACUCGCGUGCUCGCGUACAUUUAUGAAACGGUGUUCCAUUUUCAAAAAUGACCGUUAGGACUUUCGGUUUUCGCGCCAAAAAGACAAUCAUGGAAUUUUUCCAUAUUUUUUACGUGUUCAAAAUUAAGCUGAAAUGAUGACGUUUUAGUGCGUGACAGUGAAAUUUGCGAAAAUGUGAAAUAAAAAAAAAACUUGUUUGUAUUUGUGAUUGUCUAAAACGUUUUUAGUGUGUAUGUGUUGUGUUGCUAAGGAUUUGUCUUAUGGAUAAACUUUCCCGGCUGCUAUAAAAUGGCCCUAAAACUCAAGUACACCGACGAGCACGGCAUCCUACACAUCAACAUGAGCCCCUCAUCCACCCCCAAACCAGAAUCAGGGUCCGACCUCACCGACCCCAAGUUUGACACCAUCAACUCCCGCUUCCAACAGUACGACCUCUUCGGAGGGAAAUACGAAGUGGAAGGGGAACCAAAGUCACUGUUCCGAAGCCGCUACAACAGUAUCGAAGAGGAGCUAGCCAAUACGCCUUACGCGUUCACCGGCGAGCGGUCGCUAGACAUAACUAUUCAACAAUCUUUAGACGCGUCUCCGUCUAAAGAUAUUGAAGACGAUAGAUUCUUUAGAAACCUGGACGAUGACAGUUUAUUUGGACCACAAAUAGAUAAGGCUGAUGAAUCGCCAGCGUUUACAGUGACACAAUUAAUACACGCGCAGGACAGAUAUUUUGACUUAUCGUCAAGACAGUCGAGUAGUGUGUUGGAUAGUCCGCGGAGUGGUAAAGUGGUGGUUGAAGUGAGAAGUGCGCCAGGGUCUGCCAAGAGGGAUGAAGCCUUCAAGGUACUCCCAGGGGAGGCUCUGAAGGCUGCGCCCGCGAAUCCCGUGGUGCCAACGGCGAAGCGGAAAAAGGAGUCAUCUUUCGCGAUAUUAGCGGAGACACCUGUCGCUUCCCGCCCUUCCAGCCCACGCUCGCUUCCCAUCGAGACCAGAACGGGAAGAGUCUCGCCCUUUAAAGGACGAGGCUUCAGAGAAGAGACCUCCCGCCAUAACACCCCGCGGACCUCCGCGGCCAACUCUCGCGUCAACUCUCGCGCAAACUCUCGCGCCAGCUCUCCAACGCGCAGGCGCACCAACUCCCUCUCCAAGGCGGACAAGAUGGCCGCCGCCACCCUCGCCCCCCUCGCUCUCAGCAGGCCGCACUCCCCCCGCAACUUCCUCAAACAAAACAUAGAAGAAGUCAGAGAAUUAAGUGAGCUGAACAGAGAAAAGCAUGAAGCCGAAGCAGAACAGAAAAGAAUAGAAGAAGAAGCAGCGUUGUUAAAAGAAAUGGGAAUUCUCGAUAAAAAUGCAAGCGCUGAUGUUAUAAGAAGCGUUGUUGGCUCUAGAACUACAUCAAGAUGCAGUUCGCCUAAUAAAAUCAAUUUGAAGAGCAGAUCGAGCUCUCCAGUUGCUAUUCUUCAUUAUGAGAACAUACCUGCUGAUAGUAAAGAGUUUGUUAAUGGGACUGAUGGGCUUGCUAAACCUGUGACACAUAUGUCUCGAAGGACAGUGUCGAGAUCGCAACCGCAGUCUAACAAUGGAUCUCCUCAGCAUUCUAAGAUCCCUAAGAGACAAAGCUCUGUGUCACCUAAAAGAACAGUGGCCGUACGCGAUUUUUCAAGCUCAAGGAAACCCGUUGAAAGUAAUUUGAACAGGAGUCAAAGAUAUAUGUCAAAUAGUACAAGUAGCAUACAUGAGACGAUAAGGAUUGGAGGGGGAGCGCAUGACAAAAGGAAUAUGAGUAAGAGCACUCAGCAUUUAAAUGUAACUACAACUGUCAAAGGAAAACCACCGAUUUCCCCCGGAAGGGCAGGACCUCCUCCUUCUAACAGACUCAUCAAUGCUAAGCGAUUGUCGCCCAUCGUUGGGACUCCAAACAAAAGCCCGACGGAAGACCUGAAACCAAGCUCUGCCAAAACGCCAAAACCUUCCCCGUUAGCCAAGAAACCAAUCAAAACUGCCGGUAAUACGCCUGCUACAUCUAGAUUGAAUUCUAGACAGCCUAGCAGAACUGUAAGCAGAGACCCCAGCCCGGAGAAAAGACGGCCACUCACUAAAGUCUCUAUUUCCUCUAGACCUCCAUCCAGGCCUGCUCAGACGAAACCCGUGAAUAGGACACCGAGCACUCGAUUGACUCAGAAACCUAAUGUUACCAAACCUGAAGUGAAGAAACCUAUAAAUAGAACGAACAGCAUGAAAAGUUUAGUCAGAACACCCAGUACAAAAACACUGAAUGAAAAACCACCCUUAGUUAAAAGGGAGAGUAAAAGAGAUAUCAAGCCUAAAGCUCAAUCGACUCCUAAAUUAAAUGAAGUCGGUAUAAAGAAAGAUCCUGUGAGAGAAGAAACACUACGAAGUGCAAAAAGAGAACCUGCUAAAGUUGAAAAAGCUAAAUCUGCUAGUAUUAAAGAUAAAGUAAAAGACAAGGUUGAAACAAAAGUUGAACCAACCGUUGCCAAUACAUCGACGGAAAAAGAUGACAUCAAGUGUCAAGAUAAUGAAACGCAAUAUGACAAGAUUGUUAAUGAAAAUGGUGAAAUAGUGCUUUUAACGAAGAAGAGUGUAAUUUCGAUGACAACAGCUGCUAUAACUGCUCAGCCGUUAGACGUCGUCACAAAAGUUACGAACCAAUUACCCGCUGCUUUUGAAAAAGCGAGAGAGAAAGGUAUUUUCGAAAGACACAGUUCUAAGGACUCACUAGCACCUAAAGAUGAAGACAAAGAAAGAGAAAAAGAGAAAGAUAUCGCUGAAGAAAACAAAAUUACUGAAGAUAAGCCUGAAGAGAAAAAGGCGCCUAAGCCAGCUAAACCUGAGAAGAGUUCAAAUUUCAUGGAUGAUAAUAUGAAAUUCAAACCUUUACUGCCGCCUUACACUAAUCCCCAAGUGGAACGAGUGAGACAAAAGAUAGAUGACAUCCUUAAGACACCCGAAGUUUCCACUGAAAAUAUAUUAACAGCUGCUGCAAUAGCUGAAAAAGAAGCUAAAAACAAGGCUAAGAACUUCGCAGAUAAAACUAAAAACGAAAUAAAAGAAGGUGAAAGUGAAAUUGUAACUAAAGCGGCAAAUGCUAAAGACGAAAUUGUAAAAGAAAGUGACAAAGCCGUUACAGAGAUUCGUUCUGAAGCGACUAAGAUUGUAAACAGUAUUAUAACACCAGUCGAAGAGCCUAAAGUAACAGAUAAAGUCGAAGAAGCCAAAAAAACUAUAGAACCUAUAGUUAUGGUUGUUAACGAGAAAAAACCGAGUGAGGUAGUUGAAACUAUGAGCGAGACGCUAGUUAAAGGAGAACCAGAAGUGGAAGUGCAGAGUUCUAAUCUGUCUUCUCCGGGGGUAAACAAGAUGGCGGUACAGAGCAAAAUGGCCGACGGAAACGAUUCCGACAAGUCGACACACAGCAAUGGAGGAUUCCCCCAAAGCACGAGCACCACACCAAGACCCCCCGCGCGCGCACACCGCCAAUCAAAAGAGGAGGACAAACCCAAAGAUGCCCCGAAGAAGCCCACCAUCGGGUCCCGUCUCAUCGGGAAGUGCAGACAGUGCUGCCCUUGCUGCGGCAAGCCGGAGGUUGAUGAUGAUGAUGUCAAGAAUGUGGAGGAGGGGAAAGGGGUUAUGAGUAAGCUGAACUGCUGUAAGAGGAAGAAGAAGGAAGAGCAGAGGAUCAGGGAUGUGGAGAGAGCGGCGGGGAAAGCGGCAAUAGAAUUCGAGAACGAAACGAAACGCAAACGCAAACUCCGCGAUGUGAUCUGCUGCUGCGGCCGGAGACGCGUCAGCGACAGCAGUAUCUCUGGGAUUCCUUAUAGCGUCAGUGAGGAUGCGGCGCAAGCUGGGUGCUGCGGGAAAAGAAAACCGGUAGUCGAGCGCCGGGACAGCAUACUUAGCGACCGACAGCCUGCCACUUGCUGCAACAAUCGACUCUGCACGUGGCUACGCGGGAUGUGUCGGCGCCGCUCCGAGCACUCCUCUAGCCGCAGGACCAGCCUCUUCUCCAAGAACAAGAGCUUGUCACCCACCCUGCCACCUGAGGAUACUCGGAAAAAGCUUGACCCCACACUGGUGGAACACUCAAGCAUGAUGCGUGCUGCGAUCCCAGUGCUACCCAUCGUGUUGGCCUACUGGUGUCUUUUCUGCAACGUGGUCGUGCCUGGAUUGGGGACGGUGUUUAGCGGGAUGUUCUGCCUGUGCUUCGGCAUACCCAGGUUCGGGGUUCAUGACGGCGCCAAACACAGGAUAGGUUCGUUCGUGAUCAACUUGUUGGUGGGUUGCGGGCAGCUGUUCACGGUGCUCUUCUGCCUGGUGGGGUGGGGCUGGUCCAUUUGGUGGGGAGUUAUCAUGCUCAGAGUUUCCCGUAAAUACAGGAAGUUGAAAGCAGAGGCGGCGGAGGAAGAGGCCGAGGCGCCGCCGGUGACUUCCAACAACCACACGGCGCGGGCUUAACAAAAAACACCUUUGUUGUAAUUGUCACUAACUUUGUUAGUAACUAUACCAACUCAUUGCCUCAGUUAAAUUGCGGCAUGUGGCAUUUUCUCCGCUUUGUCACCC